AUGGAAUUCCUCUUCCGCCUCAGACAAUCGAAUUCCUUCAAGAAAACAGCGAUCUUGCUGACGAUUUUUGCCACUCUGCUCUUCUUCCUCUUCCAAAUCCCAUCAUCUCACUUAGAAUUGCAAAAUGCCAAGAAGAAUCCUUCCAUAGCCUCUCCUCUAUUGUUGUUUCCUCACAGAUUACUUUCCACCACUGUAAAGACUCCUCCUUUAUGCUCGUACUCCAAUCUAACUGAUUCCGAUGGCCUUUUCAAUUACUUCUCCUUCCAUUUUUGCCUUUUCCAAGAAAACCCUUUUCUUUCCAUCCCCGCUCUUACUCUCUUUGUCCUCCUGCAGUUCUAUAUCCUUGUUAAAACAGCCCAGGAUAGGUUCUCUGUGGUGGUCACAAAGCUCUGUGCUCACUUGAAGCUCACUCCUUCUAUGGGAGCGGUGACCCUUUUGGCUUUGGGGAAUGGGGCACCUGAUGUUUUCGCGUCGGUGGCUGCUGUUAGGGGUGGGCAGCCAAGAACUGGUUUUGGGGCGAUUCUUUCAGCUGGGACAUUUGUCUCUGCAUUUGUUGUCGGGUUUGUGGCCAUUUAUGCUGCUCCGUUUUCGCUUGAUCCUGCACCGUUUAUACGGGAUGUGCUGUUUUACCUUACUGCUGCAUUGUUCCUGUUUUAUGUAUACUUGAGUGCUGAGAUUUUUUUGUGGCAGGCACUUGGGUUUGUUGGGUUUUAUUUGUUUUUUGUUGGCAUUGUGUUUUGGAUGGAUAUAGGGAUUAGUGAUGGGAAGGUGAAAAGGAGGGGCAUUGGUGGUGGUGAGAGUUGGAGUGAGAUCGGGCUGAUUGGGAACCCAGAGGAGCAAAGGGGGUUUAUGGAGAUGGAUUGUGAAAGUGGAGAACCUUCAGGGGAGUUGGAAUACGGGAGAAAGCAGAAGGUUGGAUUUUGGCAAACUCUUGGAAAGAUCUCAAAAGUGUGGGAGGUUCCGAUCUCAGUGCUUCUGAAGCUUACAAUCCCACAAACAUCACCUGCAGAAUGGAGCAGAUUCUAUCAAUCUGCAAAUAUUGCUCUUUGUCCUUUAGCCCUUCUAUAUUCUUGCAGAUCAUUCAUGCCUUUAGAUCAUCCAAUUCUUUUUAUUUUUUCGCGGAUCAAUUUGCCUCUUUGGUUAGUAGUAUUACUCGGAAGCAGCUCUCUUGCGAUUCUGCAUUUCACAGUCGAGAAAGAGCCUCCCAAAAGCGAGCAAGUCCCAGUAAUACUUGUUGCAUUUGUGAUGAGUGUAUUCUGGAUCUCAACAGUGGCAGGGGAGCUCCUGAACUGCCUCGCAGCUCUCGGGUUGCUUCUGAAAUUACCACCCGCACUCCUAGGUAUGACGGUUCUGGCCUGGGGAAACUCCAUCGGUGACCUAGUUGCCGAUGUGGCACUCGCAAAAGCCGGCCAGCCCGCCAUGGCCAUGGCCGGUUGCUUCGCCUGUCCCAUGUUUAACAUGCUUUUCGGGCUCGGAACAGCGCUGGUGAUACAAUCAGCCAGUGUGUUUCCAGAAGCCUAUGAGCUGCGGUUCCACAUUAGCAUAGUCACGGCAUUUGUGUUCUUGAUUUCAAGCUUGAUGGGAUCAAUGCUGGUUGUAACAUGGAAUAGAUUCCGGGUUCCAAGAUUUUGGGGAUUCUUCCUAGUCGGGCUAUACGUUGUUUUCAUGGUAGUAAGCCUGAUCAUAGCCAAAUACUCUGUAUAA